UUCAAAAUUUGUUUUUUUGUAAAAAGAGAAAAUUCAUCUUUCAUCUUAUGAAAUGUGUGUGGGAAAUUACAAAAUUUUGGAACCAACAAGUGUCAAGGAGCGAGAUUGAAAUUUCAUAAACCCUAGGGAUACGUGCAGCCUCCUCCUGCCGCCACCCACCAGGCGCCAUUGAUGAUCUUCCCUCCAUUUCUAUCCACAAUUUAAAUCUGAGUCUUUCCCUCUCUCUAUACUCUGUCACUGGCUCAUCGCAUUUAAUUCCUAUGAAGCUCUGAUGGAGAAGAAAGACGAUCGCUUCUUUAAAACCCUCAUUCUCUCCCCUUUCCGUUACACCAAGACCCGCCACAUCCGCAUCGCCGAUAUUCUCGUUGAUGAAGAAGAGGGAUCCGAAACCGACGGCUACGAUUGCGUCGGAGACUUCAAUAUGGAUGGCAUCGGAGACCUCCCGAAGGACGACAGAUUGAUGGCUCUACAGUGCUCCACCCCGCGCCGUAUCAUUUCCCGAUGGCUGUCGUCUCUGAGACGAUCCAAGAGAAGGCGAAGCGACGUCGUACGGAGCCAGAAGAUAUUCAAAGAGGUCGCGAGAAGGGAAACCGGUGACGAGUCAACGCACGCCACCUGUUCGACGCAUGGAUUGAAGCAGUCAGGACAGUUUGUAGAAGAUAACGGCUCAUUCAAUUUGGGCGUUGCGUGCGGUUUGAUAUAUCUGAUUGUCACCAGUAAAAAUGAGCUUACAAAGAUGGUGGAGCUGCGGACACAAAUGGAGCUGCUUCUUCAAAACGCAAAAGAGGGAUUGCAAAGCAAGAACGCGCCUUUUGACGCCAAACCGUUGGAGUUGAAUGAGGUGAAUAUUGCUUCUUCCACCACUGAUUUCCAUCAAGCUUCGAGCUCGAGCUCCGAUAGCCAGUUUUCGCUUCAAUCUGGUGUUGUCCGUGACGUGUGCUCGGAAUAUAUUAGAAAUGAAGAAGGAGAAGGAGAGAGAGAUGAAUGCGUGGCAGGAAUGGAUCAACUUGAGGCGGAGCUUGAAGCCGAGUUGGAACGGUUGCAGCUCCAAUUGGAUUUGGAAAAUGAUUCAUCCAAUUCUGAAUACCCUCAGCAGAGGCUAAAGGCUUCUAGAGACUGUGCUAUUGUAAUUGACUGUGAUGAAGCAGAACCGCCAUAUUAUGCUGAAAUGCCCUGUGACUAUGGA